UGUCCCUCAGACACAGCGGAUCACCGAUCCAUGGAAAGAGCUGAAGAUGUCGGCUCGGUCAUGUGAUCAGCUGUGUCCAAUCACAGCUGAUCACAUGGGACAUGUACACUGAUCAUCAGGGCACUGAUGAUUAGUGUACCCUGAUGAUCAGUGUAGCCCCAGAAGUGCCACCUGUCAAUGUCCAUCAGCGCCAGCUGUCAGUGCUUAACAGUGCCACCUGCCAGUGCCCAUCAGUGCAACAUCAAUACCACAUAUCAGUGCCUACCAGUGCACAUCAAUGCCACAUAUGAGUGCCCAUCUGUGCUGCCUUUCAGUGUCACCCAUCAGUGCCAGUCAGUGCCACCUAUCAGUGCUGCCAAUCAGUGACGCCUAUCAGUGCCAGCCAGUUCCGCCUAUCAGUGCUGCCUUUCAGUGCCCAUCAGUGAUGCCU